AUGAUCUCGAAAUCCUGCAACGUUUGUCUGUGCGUGCAUCACACUUGCCGGAUUAAUGCUCCUCAGGACGAGGAAACGUUGGACACUUUUGAAGAGAAACUUGUGCGAAUUGCACAUUUCAAAUAUGGACUGCAUAACAAUGACGUGAUCACUUCUGAAACUCUUCCAUCUGUGUAUUUCCUGUCUAUUUUGGCUAAGAUUCUACCAUGGCAAUUCUGGCGAGAAUAUGCGAGUCCUAUCUCUUCCAAAUCGGCGGUUACAAGCAGAAAGAAUAAAAACUUUCAUCGUCUAUUCAUGUUUCUCCCCGGAACUAACAAUAACGGAUUGACCUCGGAUCUCAACGAUGGGACCCAGGACGAUCGAGCAAAGAGGCAUGCGGAAAUGCGCCUGACCUGGAGAGAGAGUGAAUCCUCAACUUCCCGAAAAUCGGCUUCUCUCUCGAAAUACUCAACCACAGAACCGCGGCCUCGUCAGCCUCGGACGACACGGGCUGAGCCUCCUGUCUCGGCCCUACCUGCUUUGAAAACAGCGACCAUGCAAGACUGUGUGAUUGCUCGUCGUCUCUACCGGAAAAACGUGAGUCUGGAGGAGGAGACUUUUAAUGAGGAGAUCAUCUCGGAGAGUGGGCUGAGUAGACACUCCAGAAAGCCUCCAUUCUCGCCCCACCAGCACCAAAAGUCUCCGAUGGCCUGGAGCGACCGACCAGCCACGACAGCUCAUGCGGUUGCCAACGGCACUGAUGCACCGACCCCCAAAAAGAGGACUCGCAGCAUCAGCGCCGACUCCGUCCUCCACCGCUCGCAGAGUCCUCAAUCACAGCCAGUGUCCACGGCUCAACCCAAACCACGGUCUCACCAUCGUCUGCCGGCCGACUUUGAGCCGACCUCAGCCACCCGACUGCAUUUGUCACGGUCCACUGCUCACAGACUCUCCGGCGUCACAUCUGGCCAGUGUCUUUCGGAAGAUGGAGACUUGAAUGCAAAUACUUUCAGCAUUAAACUGUCUAAGGCGGUAAUUUGUAUGCCAAACACUUUUGAGGUGCCUCAGAUGUUGAGUGACCAUCCUUUGAACGGUCAAGGAGAGGACGAGUACACUAUUGAUGCGAACUUCUCUGCCGUUAGUAGCCACUCGGCCUAUCGUGCCGGAGAUACAGACGACGAUUGCACCCAUUGUAACCUCACCUUUUCGGCUUUUCGCAUGUCCGGCGUAGACUCGAACCAAAAUUCAACAGGCCCAUCAGUUGCCGAUUCGCAUCAGUCAGCCUCUUCAGACCUGCUUGAUUCGGUCACUAGCAACGCUUCAAACACCGGAACCGAUUCGCCCCCUUUCAUAGCUACUAUUCGACCGAGACGCCAACAGGCCGAGUUGCUGCCGCCGGUAAAGCCACGUUCGUCGUCUCAUACUCUCAAACCGGACGAGCUCUCAUUUCCUCUAGAUUCCUGUCAAUCGAUAGAGCCUGGUAGGCAACCAGACACACUAGAGGACCCCUUGAUCCAGGACGCCCGUACUUCGCACUUUUGCAUGAAGCUGCCCAUUCGAGAUACUACAAGCGAUCCCGGCAGAUUCAGAGAACACCAAAAUGGCAAUCUUCUUAAAUGCUCUUGUCCUUCACUCGAUAACCCAGAAAUCGAAAUCACUCUCACUUCUGAUCAUGCUGAUUGUGAGCUUCUAGCCGACAAACAACUGAAUCCGCUUGCCUCUUCUUCUUUUUCUGACCCCUUCAUCACUCAAACUAUUUUAAAUGGUCAUGCAUCCUUACAAUUGCCUUGUAUUUCACAUGAUUUAAUUGAUUCCCCACCUCUUCCGUCACAUUCUGACGUUUCUAAGGAAUCGGAUGCGCACCUUCUCAACAAUUCGGAGCAGUUCCUUGCGACCAAAUGCUUCUCGGAUUCUCAUGUUCCUCAUUCUACUGAGUUCUGCGCAUCUCGUGACCAUUUAAAGCCUGGUGAGUGA